AUUGAGUGAAGUUGCGAUGGGCUUGUAGACCAUGACGGUCGGCUGAUGUCCAGAUGAAAAGUAGAGGGCUUGCGAACUUUGAGCGAAACCAAUCUUGAACAAAAUUCUGGUCUUCUCACCUUAGGCAGGUCUGAAGGCCGAUCAUCAAGCCGUGAGAACUAGCGACGCGAGAGUCACAGUUACAAAUCCCGGAUUGGUCCAUGAAUUUCGAGUGAUUGUUCGGACUAGUGUUCUCGGGCGAUGAUUUUGGGAACACAUGGCAGUGAUAAAGGCUUGCGAGCACUGCAGAGAUGCCGGCCAUGCUCAGAAAUGGUCACGAUCAUGUCGUGUCACAUCCUGCUCCGAUGACACAUGGGUCACAAUUACGCGGCGACAGCAAGUCGUUCAACAAGCCACCGAGCCCGCGAAAGACCGGCGAUGUACGAGAACAUCUCGGAAUAGCCUGUUGAUCGGUCUGUCAAUCUCCUGGGUUUGCGGACUGUUAGGGUAUAGGUCGGGCGAUGAGAGCAUACGUCGCAUCGCGAAGUGGAAACAUGAAAUUCUUACUGGAACCGAGGAGAUUUGAUCUGGACCUGUCACAAUUCUGCUUUGGCACAGGAAAUCCUUGUCUGCC